AUGACAAAGUUUGUACUUUCGUUCGCGGUCUUUUUGGCGGCCGCAACUACGCAGAAUCUAAGCUCAGUUUUACAGAGCACCCAAGCGCUCUCAAGUCUUUACAGCAAUCUGACAGCGUUUCCUGAGUUUCUCUCGCAGCUCAACGAGCUUCAAAACAUCACAUUUCUUGCUCCUAAUAACGACGCCAUUGCUCGCCUAGUGCAGUCGCCGUUCGGAAGAACUUUGCAGGCCGACCAGGCGCUGCUUCUAGCACAUUAUUCCUACCACGUACUCAAUGGCAGCUUUUACACCUUUGAAACUGCCGAAUUGGUCUCCACAUUACUCGAAUUCGGCCCAUACAGUCAAGUCAGUACUGGACAGGCUGUCGAGGUCGUGCCUGGUCCCGACCCAUUGUCACCUUCUGAUGUCACGUUCUUCUCCGGUCUGAACUCCACAGCACGUCUUAUCGGCCAUGCUUUCAACUUCUCUGGCGGCGUAGUCCACAUUAUCGACAAUUUCCUGAUUAUUCCUCAAAACCUGUCCGUGACUGCCGUGCAAGCGAAUCUUACUUCUGCCGUGGGGGCAGUGAUGGCCGCCGGAAGGAUCUGGCUUGGUCUCUUCGACGGGCUUCAGGAUGCUACCGUGUUUCUCCCAACAAACGAAGCGUACCGAGAAAUCGGAAGCAUUCUCGAGAACAUUUCAGAGUUCAACAUGUCGAGUAUCUGUAAUUAUCAAGCUGUGGACGACUUGCUGUACCUGGACGACCUAAAGAACGGUUCUUACCAGAGCUUUCAGUUUGCAAACAUUUCUGUAGUAGUUCGCGGCGACGACGUGUUCAUCGGGAAUGCCAAAAUCGUCGUGCCUAAUCUCCUCGUACGAGGGGGUAUUGCUCAUGUCAUUGACAGAGUACUCAAUCCCUACAACAUCACCGUCAAUCCUCACAUCGUGGAUUCCUCAGCUGCCUUCGCCGGAGCUUUACCAGUGUCAUACCUACCGUUCGUGGAGGAUGUCGCAACAUCCACCAUCGACCUGCCAGAUCCAGCUGCCUCUCAAUCGUCUGCGACGACGACAUCCUCAACGGAGGAUUCCCAGAAUAGGCAGACGAGCUUAGGACUCUCGACAAGUGCCAAGGCUGGAAUUGGAGUCGGAAUUGGUCUUGGAUUCGUCUUCGUCGUCUCCCUUAUCUUCUUCUACGUCCGAACACGACGCAAAGCUAGAAAGGAUGCAAAUACGUCGACCACGGAGAUAUCGCCGGCCGAAAAGGACCUCGCAGCAGAGUUACCUGGCUCAGGGCGUUCUCCACACGAUUUGAGAGCUGAGCUGGAUGGAAUUUCGCGCGCAGAAUUAGAAGCAACCGUUCCUGGAGUAAGCAUCGUCGCUAAAUAA